CAGUUAAUUUUUUUUUUCUCCUCUGAUUUGUAUCAUACAUGGUUUUAUUUCUGCAUCGGUUUUUAUUCUGAGAUUUGAAAGCUACCUUUGUGCAUCAGAGGGAGGAGAGACCUGAUUAACGGGAAUUUAAUACUCAACAAAUCAACCUGAUGUCAAGCACGGGACUCAGUAGCAGGUAAACAAUGAGACUCACCACUGCUGUCCUCUGGGCAGCUGCCCUAUUGAUGGGGCUCAGUCCAAAGAGGAGCGCUUCGUCCCCCGACAGCAUCGUCGACCUUUCAUCCAAAAACCUCUCCUCCGUCCCAGGAGACCUGCCGCAGACGGCUGAGGCUGUCGACCUUUCACGCAACCAGAUACACCGCCUUCACAACGGAGACUUUAGAAACACCGCCCUCCUCACCUUCCUGAACAUGUCGUGGAACAGUUUGGAGGAGAUCGACCCGGACACUUUUCUCGACACGCCGCUCCUGAGUCACCUGGACCUGUCACACAACAGGCUGAUGAACCUGUCAGGUCAGGGAUACCUGCUCCACACGGGGAACCUCCUGGUGCUGAACCUGGCACAUAACGAGUUCCUCACUAUGACGCUGGGGAGUGAGUUCUCUUCCCUGGUUAAGCUGGAGAGCUUAACAGUUGGGGCGAAAUGCAUCAACGUGAGUGACUUCGUGAACAUCGCUAGUGUGGAGCUGCACACUCUGACCCUUUCCAUCGAGGAUGAGCUCGCUUAUGAAAACGGCAGCGUGAGGGAUGUUCGUGCCCAGAGGCUGCAGAUAGCUUUCAGUAGCACUCAAAUAAUGAAUCAUGAUCUGAUCGAUGACGCCCUGUCAGUCUUUGCUGAAGUGGAGUUGAUGCAUUUGAAAGGCGGCUACAAAACCCUAACUAAGCAGUUGAUUGAGAGAUCAGAAAUCCACACUUCGUAUCUUCAUCUCACACACAUCGUCAUUGUCUGGGAUGAGUUGACUCAGUUUGUGAAUGCGGUUCUGCGCACAUCCAUCUCCCACCUGACGGCCUCUGAUGUGACCAUUAACAAUCCGCCUACUCGUGACACCCCUGUGACCAAAACGUCAAAAAUGAUCUCCUUCACAGCCAGCGGGGCAAAGGUGACAUCUUUCUUCUUUUCCCAGGAGUGUCUGUACAACUUUUUUAUCAACCUGCCCGUGAUGAAUGUGGCAAUCGUGAAGAGUCCGAUCAUACACAUGACAUGUCCAAAGUCGCAGAGUCCUGUCCUGCAGCUGGACUUCUCCUACUGUGCUCUGUCAGACACCAUCUUCACCGGAGUGGAGCGUGAGAAGAUUGUUGAAUGUGAGAAUCUGGGCAACUUGAGGAAGCUGAUUCUUGUGGGCAACAAUCUUAAGAACCUGCAGCUACUCAGCAAACGCGUGGGGUACAUGACAUCCCUGCAAUCCCUGGACCUCAGCGUCAACUCAAUAGUUUACGACGGUUUGUUGGAUUGCGUCUGGCCACAAAGCAUUACCAGUAUGAAUCUGUCUUCUAAUGAUCUGACGCACUCAGUUUUUGAAUGCCUACCCAAAGGAGUCGAGACGCUGGACCUCCAGAACAACCAGAUCUCUCUUGUACCUGAAUCCAUCUUUAAGCUGGAAAACCUGACAUCCCUGAAUCUAAAUGCUAACAGGCUGCGUGACCUGCCAGGGUGUAAUUCUUUCCCCAUUCUGAACAAGCUCCUCCUCAAGGCAAAUUCCCUCCACGCUCCAUCUGUACACAGGUUAAAAAGCUGCUCCAGUCUGAAAACCCUCGACGUCAGUGACAACCCUUUCACCUGCACGUGCUCUCUGAGAAGUUUCAUAAGACUUGGAAUUGAGUCUGAAAACCAACAAAGUCAAACGGGGAUAGAGCUGUUGAGCUGGCCACUGGGCUAUUUCUGCAUCUACCCAGAGGACGUUAGAAACUCUUCUUUGAAAGACAUCUGGUUCCCAGAAAUCUCCUGCAACGUAGGCCUUCUAGCAGCCGCUAUCCUGGUCCCAGCAGUGGUACUGAUUAUCAGUAUUGCGAUUUUGUGCCACCACCUUGACGUUCCCUGGUAUAUGCGCAUGAUCUGGCAGUGGACCAGAGCCAAACACCGCGCACGAAUGCGCCACGUUCGACCCGAGGACCUCGUGGGUGUCGAGUUUCAUGCUUUCGUCUCUUACAGCCAGCACAACGCGGACUGGGUGCACAACUCCCUCCUCCCCAACCUCGAAGGCCCUGCGGGCGGGCUCAGAAUCUGCCAUCACGAGAAACACUUUGUGCCGGGAAGAACGAUCAUCGAGAACAUCAUGAGCUGUGUGGAGAAGAGCCGGCGCUCCGUGUUUGUGCUCUCGGCUCACUUCGUCCAGAGCGAGUGGUGCCACUACGAGCUGUACUUCGCCAGCCACCAGCGCCUUUCCCGCGGCUCGGACAGCAUCGUGCUGGUGCUGCUCGAGCCUCUGCCUCAAUACCUGAUCCCGUCCAAGUACUACCAGCUGAAGUCCAUGAUGAAACGCCACACCUAUUUAGAGUGGCCCCAGGACAGGGCCAAGCACAGGUUGUUCUGGGCCAACCUAAGGGCGGCCCUACAGGGUAACCUGCCAAACGCACCUGCCGCACAGAUACAGGAGUGAAGGUGUCAAGGUAGGAAAAGCAGGAAAAGCAUUUGGACGUUCUCAAGACUAAGUAAAUAUGUAUGUAUGUAUAUAUGUAUACAUAUACAUACAUAUAUAUGGGUCAAAGACGAGACAUGUCAAUUCUGGUGUCCGAGGCAUAUUUAUGAUAGUAAAAAUGAAUAAAAUUUUUUAAAAAGUACAAUUUGUUACUCAGUUCUCCCCACUUUACUUGCUCAUAUGAGUAUUUACUGUAAGAAAUGAAAAUUUAACGAUAUGUCCUUCCCGGAUAAUGAAGAUAUUCUGUUACCCAGGACAUGUCCUCUGUUAGAGAGACUGGACAUGUUGAUCAAUUCAGUAGCUGUAGGUUUUUAGACAUUGAUUUGAUGUUGUACUGUUGUUCUUUUAUUAUUAUUAAUAGAAUUUAGAUUUGAUUUAGAUUUUUUGCCACUUUUAAAGUCCUUAUAUGUCUUUGACCCAUAUACA